UCUCUCUCUCGUCAAAACAAAAUGCUUCGCUUCCAUCAAACCUCGAUAUCUCCUCCAAAAAUUCUCUGUAAUUGUCAUUUGACAUGAGAAUUUGUAUUUUAAAGUUUUCUUUGUGGAGUUCCAAUUGCAUGUUUUCGUUUCAGUAGUGUAUAAAUUAUCCUUUUGUGACAAAUUCCUACAUUCUGGUAGAAGUGCAUUCCCUGCCUACAGCAUCCACUGAAACAUGGGACCCGACUUUGAUGUUGUCGACUUCUGUCGGAAGCUGAAAAGCAGCAAGAAUCCACCUUACACAUGUCCAAUUGUCGAAUGUGGAAAAUCAUACAAAAGUAUGUGUGGAUUUCAAUAUCACCUGGUCCACUUUGACCACUCUGCUCCUCCUCCAACCACUCCUGUGGGUCCGUCUCUAUCCAAACUGAAUAAAAAGAAACGAAGAAACUCAAAAUCCCUACCCUCACCGGUAGAAGUUGUAAGCCCCCCGCCAAGAGAAGCCCUUACAUAUGCUGAGUCGCAGAUGAUUGUGGAGUUUGAAGUCAAUGGGAAAUUGAGGCGAGUCAACAUAAAAAGACCCAUACCUGUGAUUUCUAAACAAGGCUAUGAAGAAAAAUAUGGAGUGCCACCUGAGAUUUCAUCGGUAGCAUCAGCAAUUGAACUUUCAAAGAGUCAAGAAGCUAUUGCAAAACUACCUGAGCCUUGUUUCCAAGAAAUCUCUGACUAUAAUAUAGCGGAUGCUCCUCCCCAGCCAAAUGCCUACAUCAGGUUCAUUGAGCGCUCUGUAGAGGAGUUGGAUGGAGAAGUAGAAUAUGAUCUGGAUGAAGAAGAUGCAGCAUGGCUGGCCAUCAUUAAUGAACAACGUAGUGCCAACAGCUUGCCAGAAUUAUCUGUAGACUCUUUUGAACUUCUUAUGGACCGUCUCGAAAAAGAGUCCUACUUUCAGAUGCAAUCAAGCCAGAUUGAUAAGCCAGUUAUUGAUGAUGAUGCAGUAUGUUGCAUCUGCAACGAUGGAGAAUGCCAAAAUUCUAAUGUCAUCUUGUUCUGUGACAUGUGCAACCUUGCUGUUCAUCAGGAUUGUUACGGCGUUCCAUACAUUCCUGAAGGACAGUGGCUUUGCAGGCGAUGUUUACAAUCACCAUCACGAGCCGUGGACUGUGUGCUUUGCCCAAAUACAGGUGGUGCUUUUAAACAAACAGACAAGGGGCAGUGGGCUCAUAUCGUUUGUAGUUUGUGGAUUCCGGAAGUUAGAUUUGCCAAUACUGUAUUUUUGGAACCAAUUGAUAGUAUAGAGAACAUUCCAACAGCGCGGUGGAAACUGACUUGCUACAUUUGCAAGCAGAGAGGGGUCGGAGCAUGUAUCCAAUGUCAUAAAAGCAAUUGUUACAGUGCAUUCCAUGUCACUUGUGCGCAACAAGCGGGCUUGUAUAUGAAUAUGGAUACUGUCAAGGACACCAUGAACGAGGCAGGCCCUAUGUUGGUUCAAAAAACUGCGUUUUGUGAUGCUCACACACCUGCAGAUGCUGAGACCCGGCCGAUCUUACCACUGCAACAGGCUAGCUCUGAGGAGAAGAUGAAAAAUGCACGCAAACUACUUGCCAAAAAACGUGUCUCAUUACCUGUUAUUUCCAUACCCACAAUUCCUCCUGAAAGAAUUCAAGAAAUUGGAUCUUUGGUUACCUUGCCGAAAAAAUCACAACUAAUUCAAAGGCUGAUUGCAUAUUGGACCUUAAAACGACAGUUCCGCAAUGGUGUGCCUCUGCUGAGACGACUCCAAAGCUCUCAUCUGUCCCGACGAGACCAGUCACGACCUUCGGCUCAGGUAGUUAGUGAUCUUGGUGAAUUAAACAAACAGCUAAAAUAUUGGCAACAUUUGCGACAAGAUCUUGAGCGAGCAAGACUUCUCUGUGAGUUGGUGCGGAAAAGAGAAAAGGUGAAGAAGGAGUUCGUCAAGGCGAAGGAAGCAAGUCUACUGGGAACCUUGUGUCCUUUUAACUUAUUUCUCCACAGACUGCUAGACAUGGUCAAAGCAUUGGAUGUUUCUGAAGUGUUCACGGAACCGGUCGACCAGAAUGAAGUACCUGAUUAUGGUGACAUUGUUAAACAUCCGAUGGACUUGCAGACAAUGUCAGAAAAAAUUGAUGACAUGAAAUACUUGACUGUGGAUGAUUUUGAAGCUGACUUCAAGCUCAUGAUCUCCAAUUGUCUUGCAUAUAAUUCUAAGGAUACCAUGUUUUAUCGAGCAGGCAUUCGACUCAGAGAACAGGCUGAGCCACUUAUAAGGACAGCCAAGAAUGAUGUUAUCAACCUCGGAUUAGACUUGAAAACUGGAUCAUUUGCUAAUGCUAAGGAUUUAACGGAAACUGUGUCACCAAAAGUUGUAGAGAAACCGACUCCAGCAACCCCUGCAGUUGAUGAGAAUCUGGCCACCGAAAUUGACAAGCAGCUUGCAGCCAUUUCUGAAUCAUAUGAUUCGAUGAACCAUGACGAACUGAUGUGCAAACUUCUCCAGUUACAAGAUCGAAGCCAAAAUUUGAAACAUGGUUUGGCACGAGCAAAACGAUUAAAGUUAGUGAAGAUAGAAAUCCAAAGACUUCGCAGAUUGAUGAAAUCUACAGCAAAGAGGCCUCGCUCACCAGAAGUACCCGAAGUACUACCCUUUGAGGGAAAGAAGAAACGAUCAAGAAAAUCAAGGGAUGAUUCACUCGGAGGCACUCCAGAAGUCAAUAACAGUUUUGCAUCAGCAGCUACACCUCCAUCCACUCCUGACAGAUCGGAAAACAAUUCAUGUGUCUCUCCCUCUGGUAUUAAUCGACGAACAGCUGUGCUUUUUACUCGUAAAGCAGCCGCUGCCUCUCAGCUUUUCAAGAAACCUGAUAUCCCAACUCCAACAUCCGGCAUAACUCCAACACCCGGUCGUAAGAGAGGAAGAAAGAGCACUAAAAAUCAAACGCUCGAAUCACCUGAACCAGUUCCUGAUAGUUUCACCACUUAUCGCUCCAGUGCUGAAAUGCCUGCGGAAACAGACGAUGACUCACAUUCGGAUGAAAAUGAGUCAAGCUGUUCUGAUUGCUCCUCUCAAGACAGUGAUGACUCCUCCUCCACCUGUUCAUCCAGCGACAGUGUUGAAUGUAGUAGCACCAGUGGCGAACUAUCACAACUACAGCUAGUUUGGGCGAAAUGUAGAGGUUAUCCUUGGUACCCUGCCUUAACGAUCGAUCCAAACAUGCCUCGCGACUAUGUUCAUCACGGCGUUCCAAUUCCUUCACCCCCUCUAGAUGUACUAGAGCUAGAGAAGACACACUCAGAGCCCGUCUUUUUAAUCCUAUUCUUUGACACCAAAAGAACUUGGCAAUGGUUACCUCGAAAUAAACUGGAACUCCUGGGAAUUGAUAAAGAGAUCGACAUAAAGAAACUGACGGAGUGUCGAAAGCAGGCUGACCGCAAAGCGGUGCGGAAAGCUUAUGAAGAUGCUCUAGAAUUCAGAAGCGCAACAACUGCUGUGUUGGCUGAUGAGUCUCCAUCAUAGUAGAAUAAUUUUUGAUACUUUGUACCUGUAGAUAUUUACAAUAUCUUAAUAAGUUGUGAUCUCGUGUGAAUUAUUAUUUCGCAUUUCAAUCCGUCUUUGUACUUUAUUUUUAGUAAUUGUUCUUUAAUAAUCCUUCAUUAGUUUUAUGUUAAUAUAUACUAUGCUGGGUGAACUUGUUAUUAAUUGAUUCAGCCAGCAUUGUGAACUGGGGGUUAAAAAGGGUCUUCUAGCUAUUUUGCUCAAUUUACUUUUCAAUGUGCACUUUUAUUUUUUAUUUUAUAUUCUGUGUUUUAUUGCCGAGUAGAUUGUAUUGCUUACAAUUUUAUCACUUCAUCAUGAAGAUUUUACUAUUUUUGUAAAUCUAUUGUGCUUGCCAGAAAUCAAUUUUAACUUUUUAAUUUUUAAAGUCUAUGAGGAAAAGGAAAUCUUGCUUUUUCUUCACCAAAUUUUUUCAUUUUUCUGGAAAGAUGUGUUCAGUUUUAGAACAGCAUGUUUUAAAUCCAAGUAAUAUUGGUUUGCUACAAUGACCACUUGCUGUUAAGCAAUAUUAUAAAUAUGGCUAAAAGUCUACAUACCUUCACAAUCCCUCUAAAAAUCGUGUCUAUUGCAAAUUAAAAAUUAAAUUUUUUGAUGUGUGUAAAUACUUUA